AUGGCACCCAGCGCCGGCGGCAUCAGAGCCUGCUCGCCAGACCUCCCAUCAGCCCGGCCAAAACUCGCAAAUUCGACGAGAAGACCACGCGCUUAUUCCGCUGCCAGUGCGCUACCGAGACUCCCACGGCGUCCGUCGAUCAGACGCGGAGCCGGGGCGGUAGCAUGCGCCCGCGGAAGCGAGCAGCAAUCCUCCCCGGCCGUCGCGGCAAAGGCGCGGCCCGAGCCCGACACGCUUAGCGUCGAGUUCCGGACGCGGGACGGCUGCCGGCUCGGCAUCGCCAGGUACCCGGACUUCGCGUACAACGCGCAGGGCGGCCGCGGCGUGGGCGCCGGGCGCGGGGCGAAGAGCGGGGAGGAUGGCACGGUACUCGUCGACUUCGACGUGGCGACCCUGUACAUCCCGUCCAUGUCCGGCGCGACGACCAGGUUCCUCGGGCUGCCGCUACCGCCGUUCCUCAAGAUCGACAUCUUGCCAGAGGCACUGGGCGGAACCAUCGAUCGAGCCACUGGUCAGGUUGAUCUCAAGUUCAGGUCGAGGUUCUGCUUCUCGGUUGGGAGCAUCUACAAAGCGCCGCCGUUGUUCGUUGAGACAUCACUGACCUCCGAGGAGUCGAGGGGAGCCAUAAGAUCCGGCACUGGAGAAAGAAUGGACGAAGAAGGGAGAUGCAAGCUGGUUGGGGUGGCCGUCGUCGACCCAAUCGAUGACCUCUUCAUGAACACAUUUCUCAGCCUGCCGACCGAGUGCAUUGCUUACUUGAAUGCCACCAUUUCCAUAGCCACAGCGAGAUGA